GGCCGCCGGGGGACAUUCCCCGCCGGAUCGGUUACCGCCGGGGGCCUCUGCGGUGGCGGCGGCGAAGGCAGGAUGGGCUGAAGGGGGGAAGGAAGGCAAAGCCGGGGGACCCGGAGCGGAGAGCCGGCGCCGCAGCCCCUCCCUCAUAGUCAGCCCGAACUGUGAUUGGUUGUCAGGAAACACAAGUCUGCCCAGUGACUCGGCCACAAGUUAACGUGGAGCUGUGUUCCUGGCCUGUGGCCUCCCCAGCUGUUGCCAUGCACUCCCUGGUGUUUCUGUGUGCCCAGAAGGUGGUCUCCCACUACACCACCCUGCAAGAUGCCCUGGGUUUUAUCCCUAAGGAACUAUAUCCUGUCUUGUUCAAGGCAGCUUUCCUGGACAAGAGAACACCAUCGCUCCAGCAGUUAGUACAAACCUGGCCAUUCCCAGUCCUCAGUUUCCAGAAGCUCUUGCGAAAAUGCCAGCACUGCGAAUACACCCUGAUUCGGGAGAAGCCAAACAAGUUGUGCAUCCAGGCGGUUAUUUUGGGAGUGGUGACAUAUCUGACUAAACUGCUAGAGGAUCGACGUUUCAAUAAGAGCAAGGGGCAGCGUCUGAAGGUUCUUGAUAUGACUGGCCUUCAAGAUGAAGGGCAGGGCCCUGAGAGCAUGAGCCUCUGGUCUCGGACAGUCACGCUGGCUAAGGCUUGCCUUGAUGUCUCCAAGCAGCAGAGCAAGUGCAUGAGACGGACGUCCAAGAGGAGGAAGGGACCAUACAGCAGCUCCGUGGCCCUGCCAACCCCUCAUCCUGUCUCUGUGGAUGUUUGGGUCGACCUUUUUGUGAACAGUACUUCCUAUGGGGUCUUGAAGGAUGCUUUGCAGGUCAAUAGUGGCAACGCCCUACGACUGAGAUGCCGGGACUUCCGAGCAGAGGAGUUGUCCAUUGCCAGCACCGUGGGCCUCUUGGAAUUCCUGGAGCCAGGGGGCGUCCGACAGGUGGAUCUGAGGUUCAACAACCUUGGCCUCUCAGGCUUGAGAGUGGUCCUUCCACACCUGGCCAAGUUCACUAAUUUGGCCAGCCUGAAGCUGCCCUACAGUAACAUUGAUGUGAGGCGCCUGACCGUGGGCAUGGAGGGCAGUCUGCAGUACUUCGCUAACCAGCUCAGCCGCCUGACAUGCCUCAAGGAGCUGAACCUGGGCUCCUCCAGGCUUUCAGGCAAACUGAGGCAGCUGCUAGGAGACUUGCAGAGCCCCUUGGAGAGCCUAGAGCUAGCUUUCUGUUACCUUCUGCCCACCGACUUUGCCUACCUUUCCCAAAGCCUCCACACACCAGCCCUGAAGAAACUGGACCUCAGCGGGAACAACCUCUCUGAUAUUCUCCUCCAGCCUUUCCUAGGCUUGCUGACCGAGGCGGCCUCGACUCUCCUUCACCUGGACAUCAUGGAAUGCCGCCUGAUGGACACCCAGCUGAACUCGCUCCUCCCCAUCCUGGGCCGCCUUUCACGCCUUCGCUACCUUGGGGUGUUUGGCAACCCCAUCUCAGCCAUUGGACUGAAGAACCUGCUCCACCGGACCCUGGGCCUCUUGGACUUGAGGCUGGUCAUCUACCCUUACCCCGUGGACUGCUACGGGGAAGACUUGCCCUGGCCCCCUACCUCCUCCAACCUGCUCAAUGGCUCUGUGGAUGAGGAGAAGUUCUCUCGGGUCAGCAACGAACUCCAGCAGAUGCUGCUGAGCGCAAACAGGACAGAUGUUGUCUGGACCACAAACCUUUGCCGCCACAAUAGCUUAGACUAUUUUAGUUUAUAGUUCUCCUGGUGUCACUGCAUAGACAUGGACUGUCCCUCGCCUCCUGCCACUUACCUGUCGGUGCAAUCUUACCCUCACAAUAAUGCCAUUGGGUUGUCACCAGAGGCCUACCUGCCUCUCUGUUCUGGUGCUUCUAAACCAAAAGCCAUGGCUGAGAUGUUCCUGCAGCCAGAUGAAAUUGGCCAUAUGUGCUCAUUUCUGGCAUUAAGAAGAGACUGUACACAUCUAUCAUAGCUCUGUCCUCUUUCUCCUGGCUAGGAGUAGCACAGAGAUGUACCUCCUGACUUUGCUUAGUCUUAAAAGGGAUAGGUGGACUGGCCUAUGGAAACAUGACUGUGGAGGGGAGAGCAGUUGGGCAAAUGGCUGCAGGGGGAGAGGAGCAUGCAAUAUAUUUGCAUCUUUGUUGAAAACCAGUGCUAGCACCAAAUGCCGGUUUGAAACUUUUUUUUCUUUUUGAACCAAAGCCCUUCCUGGUGCAUGCAGCAAUACCUGGAGUUGGGCUUUUUUUAACAUCUAUUUUGCAACAUCAUAUUUAAAAACAUGCUAUCAACUUUUCUCCUUUAAUGAAUUGAUGUGAGUGUCUUACGAUGGAGGCCACAUGGAUGCCAUAAAAGCUAUGAGGCCUGGCUCUUGUCAUAGGCUAUGGGAGAGGAGACACUGCGUUGAUCAAGACCUGAUCCUGGGGGGAGGGGGAGGCUAUGCAGCAACGUCUGGAUCUGAAAUAAAAGAUGAUCCUUCUGACAGUGACUUCAGUGUCUGGUGUCUACUUAUGAGACUGGCGCUGUCCUAGAAAAAGAGUUCUAGCGUAUAAGAAAAAGCUUUGCUCAGAACAUUAUAAGGAGGUGGGUUACAGAGGAGGUGGGAUCUUGAAGUGAAAGAGAAUUGUGUUUUGUGGAGACUGAAUUAUCAGUGUGUUUUCUAUGACUAUAAUAGCCUGGAAAUAAAUAGAUCCCCUGUGUAUUUAGAUAGGAAGUUGGAGUCUAAGAUAAGGGUAGGAGAUUUGGUGCCUUCUAGAGGUUUUGGAAUCCAGUAACUAUGAGCACCAGCCAGCACUGGCAAUUUUAAAGGUUUAUGGGAGCCGGAGCCCAAAACAUCCAUGGGGACAGCAGGUUGUUUAUCUUGUCCGGCUCCAAUGCUGGUGUGUUUGCCAUCCACCCUGUAAAAGAAUAAACUGAUGAUUAUA